AUGGCUGGGGUGCUCGAGGGAUUGAUCUCAUCCCGGCGCCGACCGUCCCGGUCUCGGUCAGAGUCGGCGAAGCAACUCCACGCUCGAUGGGGCGACGUGGCUAUCACGGCUCCCAACAGCGGAUGGAUCCAGCAUUACCUCGAUGACGACCUGAACAACGUCACCUACCAGGCCCACGGCAGCCCGGACUCGCAGAAGACCCUCGUCAACAAUUCCCCCGACCUGAGCUUCAAGGACGAGAUCGACAAGGUCAGCGUCGAGGCCCUUCGACAGGGCACGCCGCCGCUCAUCCAGAAGGAUCGGAGUGCAAUCACCAUCACCAUCCCCUUACCAUGGAGCCGGAAGUCCCAUCGAAGAUCAUCCUCGGCGAGCAGCCAACACUACCAACAACAGCAACAACAACCACAAGCCCAGGCGGCUCCGGCAACGUCGGAGAAGGUGGUCACAGCGGAAUCACGACCUACCCGCCCGACGAUCAUCAGCAACAUUGACCAAGUCAUCGUGGCGGAAUCCAGACCAGCCAGCGACACCUUCCGGGCAGACUCGCCCAUCGUCCACACUCAGUCACCGGUCUACGACGACGUCAGCACGUUCUUCACGCGGGCCGUCUUCCCCGAGAAACACCCUGGCCCCACGCGGCUGCCACAGAUUCAGACCUCGGUGCCGCCCAACAAGAGCCAGCCGGCGUCGGCCGUCUCCAUCCUGAGCCCCGUGGCCGAGAAGUACAACGGGCUCUCGGAGAGCAACAACGCCACCCCGAUGGACAACACCCCCAUCGCCCGGCACAUCGAGUCUGCCCUUCUUCCUCUUGGCGGUGAUGGGCAGGUCGACAUGGCGGAGUUGGUGGGCCGGUUGGAAACCCACUCCACCGGCACGACACCGCCAAUUGCACCGUCCUCUCACACACCCGGUGCGGAUGAGGGCCCUGACACGGGGGUCGAGAGACCAGACUCUCGCAGCACCGCCAAGAUCCCGUCCCGGCCGUCCUCACGAGGCCCCGGCAUCGGCGAAGUGGCUUACAUGCGAGCGUCGUCCCGGGGAGCCACAGAGAACAGUGGCGGGCGACGGUCUGCUUCGCGAGAACCUGCUGAGCGGCGUGCUGGCUCGGUGGAACCGCUACGACAGAGGGCGCUGUCGAGGGAACCCGUCCGCCGACGAGCAGAUUCGCCCCUGCGAGGCGCGAGCGGCCACUCUUUCUCCCACGCGUCGACUGGUCGCCGCAACGCGUCGUGUGACCCCCUUCCCGGCCGCUCUAUCUCUCGAGAUGCGUCUCGAUCACGCGCGGAGUCUCCUCCGGCUGUCAGCCGUCGCGCUCUGUCCCGCGAGCCCGCGGUCCGGCGUGCGGAUUCCCCAGAGCCCAAAACCCGCCGAGCGCUGUCUCGUGGACUGGGCGUUCGCGGGCCUGCCACCUCACCCGAGGGCUCCUCUGCCCGCGUCUUCUCCGACGAUCGACCGGUCCGCCCUCGCGCCGAGUCUCCCGGCCCCAGCAGCACCCGGCGAGCACACUCCCGAGACUCGUCUGUCCGCCGCGACGCAUCCCCACCGGGCUUCCGCCGUCGAGCCAUCUCUCGCGAGCCAUACACGCGGCGUCGCGUCUCGACCGACUUGUCUCAGCGGGCCGUGUCCGUCGACCCCAUCGUGCGGCACACCAGCCCUCGAACGGACGUCAUCUCGCGCCAUGCCAGCCCUCGCGACGACGACAUCUUUGCGCGCCAUGCCAGCCCCCGAGAAGACAUCACCUCGCGGCGCGCCACGCCGGUCAUCGGAUCUGCGGCGGACAAGGGGAGGGACAAGGACAGAGACAGAGACAGGGACUGGGACCGUGAUCGAACCGACCCAGACAGCGCGACGGAGUCGAUGUCUCCAGCCGCAGAAGACCCGCUGACGCCGGACGAGGCGACCGACAUCGAGACCGAGACGGACGAGAUGUACUUCGAGUCGCGCAAGGGCUGGAACGGCGCCGCGGUGACGGGCAGCGCCAGCCGCGGCUUCUACGGGGACGUCGUCCAGGACUACAAGCUGAUCGCGCGGGACGUCGAGGCCGAGAUGGCGGCGGCAGCGUCCGAGCCACAGGCCUCUUCCGGUUCGGCGGCCAUGAACAUCGUCCACCUGAUCAAGAAGGAGAAGGAGCGCGAGUACCACAAGCUGAAAAGCGAGCCCGCGAAGGGGGAGCAGAAGAUGUACCAGGGCCCGGACCUGGUACCGCCCCAGGAGGAACUCUGGGGAUGA